UACGCUUCUGGCCCUUCCCACGGUAGCAAUUGUAGUUCGUAGAACCUAUACCAUGAGCCUCUGCAAACUACAACUCCCAAGACUAGUCAGAAGAAAGGGUGGGGCUUGGACGUCGCAAUACUGACAGAGUUGGAUUUCCUGUCUAAAGGAUUUCAUUGCAGACAUUAUGGAAGAAAGAGGACAAUGUUAAUAUGUAAGCCUUAUCAGACUUGUUUAAUGAGAAUGUCUUAAACCAUUAAAAUAAAUCAAGUCAAUCUAGGUCAAGAACAUACCAUUAGCAGGUAAAUCAUAUAGAAGGCGGCUGGUGAUUACCUUCUCAGGGAUCGUUCCAUGGCUAGCAGAAAGUGUUAAAUGCAAGAGGAUUGUAAACAGUAUUUGUUAGAAUGGCACGAUUUCGAAGAAAAACAUGCAUCACUCUGAUUGGCUUAAUCUUGUUUAUAUUUGGAAUCAUGGUGGUUUUGAAGACACUUAGGCCCGAAGGUGCAGGGUUUGGGAGCCCCUUUGGACUAGGACUUUUUCCAGAGCUGCAAAGGGCAGAAAGUGGUGACAAUCCACCAAACCAUCAAAAAGGUAUUGCAGAUAGCAAACCUGCUGUGGAUCAACUAAAAAAAGGCAGCACAAAAAGCAUCAUGACAUUGGAAGCCAAACUGGAAGAAUUCCCUGUACCUAAUUACAACUUGCAUGUAUUUUACUACAGUUGGUAUGGCAGUCCACAGUUUGAUGGUAAGUAUAUUCAUUGGGACCACCCUGUCUUACCCCACUGGGAUCCCAAAGUUGCAACCAAUUUCCCUAAAGGAAGGCACAGCCCACCAGACGAUGUUGGGUCCAAUUUCUAUCCAGGAUUGGGUGCCUACAGUUCCAGAGACCCCACCGUCAUUGAAGCACACAUGCAGCAACUCCGAACAGCAGCCAUCGGUGUGUUGGCCCUGUCAUGGUACCCACCUGGCAUGAAAGACGACAAUGGCGAGUCCACAGAUGACCUGGUACCAGCUAUAAUGGAUAUUGCACAUAAAUAUCAAGUGAAGGUCACCUUCCAUAUUGAGCCAUACAAAGGUCGGGAUGAUCUCAGCAUGUACAACAACGUUAAGUAUAUUGUAGACAAGUACGGUGACCAUCCGGCUUUCUACAGGUACAAAACCAGCAAUGGGAAACACCUCCCUCUCUUCUAUGUCUAUGAUUCCUACCUAACCAGUCCAGAAAUGUGGACUCGUCUCUUAAUGGAAUCUGGACAUCACAGCAUCAGGAACACUGCAUACGAUGGUAUUUUCAUUGGUCUUCUGGUAGAGGAGAAGCAGAAGAAUGAAAUAUUAACAGCAGGAUUUGAUGGACUGUACACAUACUUUGCCACAAAUGGGUUUUCCUUUGGCUCAUCUCAUCGCAACUGGAAAUCCAUCAAAGUUUUUUGCGACAGCAACAACUUGAUGUUUAUACCCAGCGUGGGGCCAGGCUACAUUGAUACCAGCAUCAGACCCUGGAACUUCCACAACACCAGAAACCGCAUCAACGGUAAAUACUACGAGACUGCACUAAGUGCUGCUUUGGAGGUACGGACAGAUAUCGUUUCUAUAACUUCUUUUAAUGAGUGGCAUGAGGGAACUCAGAUUGAGAAGGCUAUCCCUAAGACAGCUGGCCAGACAACGUAUCAGGACUACCUUCCUCACAAGGCAGACAUCUACCUAGAGAUCACCCGCAAGUGGGCAGUAAAAUUCCAAAAGGAGAGAGAAAAAUGGCUUGUGUAAACAUGGACCAGCAAUUGAAAUUCCAGAUAUAUGUUAUGGUCUAAAUUAGGAAAGAAAAAAAAGUGCACUGUGAUGAAUAAUUAUAUAUAUUUCCAUUGAUGUAACUGACGGUGUAUACAGUACACUACCCUAUUACUACGCACAGGACUAGUAAAUAUAGAACAGCUUGGAUUUUGCCCAUUUUUCCCCACUCAGGCACCUUGCUUAUUAACAAUCUUUGUAUCACCAACUAUGUUUAUAUGAAGUCUUAUUAGAAGACCAUUAAUUUUUCACACCAACUGACUUUCUCAUGAAACUCAGUCAUGAAUUCUCUUCAUGAUCAAAAUCCAUAUUGGUGUGGCUUGCAUGCCUCACAUUCAGUCCUUCUGAAGUCGCAGAACAUGGGUAUUAUUUUGGGGGAACUACUACAUAUCAUAGUUGGGGUCAAUUCAGAAUUUCAUUGAAAUUCAUAAAUCAAUUCAAAUUAAACUGUGAUCGAGUGGGUAAUUGGAAUUGAAUUGGAUUUGGAAAAAAAAAAACAAUGAAAGCUGUAUAAUUGGAAUUGAAUUGAAUUUGACAUGUUAAUUAUCAAUUCUAUUUGAAAUACAAUCCUUAAAUAACAUUUAUUUUGCACAAAACCUUUGCCUUAAAUUGUGGAGUAGCAUUCAUAGUGUAGUCUGGCUUAGUGUUUGGCAAGUGAGGCAUCAUGAACCAAAAAUCGAGCUACCAUGUUACCAACGACUGACUGAUUUGAACCAAUCAAAGUGCUUUACUGUGCAGAGCGAAGAUCUUUAACUAGUUCAAGUUAUUAUUUCUGUCAACUAUGUAGGUGAAUCUGUUAGUAUUCAGUUGUGAUGUGAAUGCUUACACCUGUUCUUUAAUUAAUUCGAACAAUGUCACCUGUCCUGUAGCUCUGUUUAAGAGCCAGCCUUACACUCAUUGUUUGUUGAGUACAUUUUUGGAAAGACAAGGAGAGUGACUAGGAGAUUAGGAAUGUUGGGAUUUGGAGAAUAGUUUGGUGUGUUGGAGAGUUCUGAAUGAUUACUUGGAUUUGGAUUUGGACCUGGACUGGAACGGAGAACCUUGAUUGAUUGAUUGACCCUGGACUGGAAGAGGAACUGAGAAAUGGAAUACACCCUUUUUUGCUUGCUUUCUGAACACAAAUUGUAUCUGACAAAUUAGACAUUGCUUUCGAUUUCAAGUGCCAUUGUACCAAAAAAGUAUUAAGUCCUUGAACAUUUUGGGGAGCCAAGUGAAUGUAAUGCAAAUGGGAACUAUCGUGCUAUAUGCACAUACUGUGAAACUUUUGUCUGGCUCAAAAAAAGCUACUUCUCACUGCAUAAGGCACUUCAAAGUAAGUACAGUUAAAAUUUAAAAUCUUUGUCUUGCAUGUCUACAUGGAUAGGUGAUUUUAUCGAUCAAUUCAGUGAGUAUGCUGUUUAAUUAUAGAAUCCUCUAAUGCUAGUAGAGUAUGUUGUGUGCAAAUGUUGUCUGUGUGGUUAUAAUAUUGAUAAAGUAAUGUAAGUUGUAUGUUAAUAUUUUAGAUAAACAACCUGUAGUCUCUGGGGAGUUGUCUCAUCGAUCUGGCCAGACCUCAGGCCCCGAGAAGUGGGAAGCCACAGACCCUUAGCCAGGACAAGCUUACCAGCAAAAUUGUUAGCUUCACUGCUGAAGACCUCAGGCCCCUGUCUGUGGUAGACAACACAGCAUUUCACGCCAUCCUCAUCACACUCUUCAGCUGGUUGUUCGUGAUGCCCUUGAGCAGGCUGGUCCUUUAAGACCAGUGGUGGCAAAGGUGUUGAGAAUAGCUGCUUACUGCCAUAAAUCCAACAAGGCCACAGAGAUACUAGAGGGACACUGCAAACUACAGAUGGCAAAUGUCACAAGGUGGAAUAGCCAGCUUAAAAUGCUGAGGUCCAUUAUGAAAACACCAAACUUCUCAUACUUGACCUACCGUUCUGCUGAAAUGGGCAACAGUAACACCAACACAUUUGCACUUGUUGAAAUCUCGAACUACCUGAGCCAACCCUGUCUGCCAGAAGACUCUGAUCCUUUGGCAUAUUGGAAAGAAACACUAAUAAAUGUCCCCUAUUUAUCCCAGCUAGCCUGCAAGCAUCUAGCCAUACCUGCCGCAUCUGCACCUCUAGAAAGACUUUUUACUGUUGCUGGCAAAAUUUUCAGGCCUGAACGAUGCAACUUAAGUGAUGCAAAAUUUGAAGCGCUAACAAUGAUCAGAUGCAACAGAUUUCAUAAGUGAUGGCUAUCCUCGUCCUUCCUUCCUGAUGUAAUAAGUGACAAUAUAUAUGACAAAAUAUAUAACUUGUGUGUGAUGUUGUUGAUACAAAACUAGGAAAUGUCAUGUAUUGUUAGAAAGUGGGCCGUAUUCACCAGGCAAUUUGGAAAGUUUUUUAACCCUUUGUGGUCCAUUUAUUCAGCGCGUCAGGUCCAAUUUAUUUUUACACGCGCAGUUUAUUUUAGGCACUCUGUUUAAAAGUAUUUUUUUUCACAGUAAAACAGGUUUAAAAGGCACUGCAUAUCAACAGGACACUCAGUACUGCAUCUCCAGCCCCGCCCCACCCCUUGUUCGCUGUAUUUUUCACAUACCUCUUCAUAGUCGUGCAUACCAAUAAAUCAUCAACUGAGCACUCGUUUUAUCACCAAACUCCUCAAUAAAUCGAUCCAAGUCAUUAUUUUAUUACUAUAUCAUGUCAAAAAGCUCUGCAAAUGUCUGUGAUAUUCUUUGAGCGCUGGAUGCAGAAGCAGCUAUCUUGUUUGUUUAUGUCCGUGUUAUCUCAAUGGUGCUGGGGCUAUCUGUACUGAAUGGUUUUCUCAGCUUUUUCCGGAGAAAAAACGACUAGAGACUUGUUUUUUACGUCUUUUUGAUGAUGUCGGACAGGGUCCAACAUUGGACCGGAAAGGGAAAAUUGUAAUGUCGGACCAGUUCCGACAUAGGACCGCAAAGGGUUAAACUACUCACAAAACUCACUGAAGCUUUCAAAUGCAAAAUCACAUCUUCCAUUCACUUUAGUAUCUCAAAAUCUCACUACUUGGCUUUGUAGUUUGUAAUUUUAAAGCUUCUGUGAGUUUUGGGAGUAGUUUAAAAAACUAAACUGCCCUUAACCAGUCCUGUCCUAAAAUCGCUUGGUGAAUACGGCCCACUAUUUGGAAUUGACCAUCAAUCUAAUAUAAUUGGAAUUGGAAUUUGAGAUAAAAUAAUUUAAACUGGGAAAACAAAAUUGUAUUGGAAUUGCUGGAUUUGAAGAGGUAAGUGAAUUGAAUUGAUCCCAACUCUACUACAUAUGAAAAUACUCCUUAUACUUUUUUUUGGUAAAAAGGGCAACACAUACCCCACUCAAAUGCAAUAUUCAUGUUGUUUUUUGUUGGAUGGUAGUGUUGCCUAUACUGUAUGUUUUGUAAAGUAAAACCACUAUGUAAACAUGAUGUAAAACUGUAUGAGCCAGGUAACUGUAAACUGGGGACAUUGUUCAGACCAGUGCUGCCCAGUAUAAAGCUCACUGAGCUUCCCAGUAUGACUCUUGAUUUAGAAGCGGAGUAUCCAAUUCAAGUUUCCUAAUAAGUUUAUGGGAAAACAUACUGUUGUAGUGUACCUGUAUAUACUGUAUGUACUAAAAUCUAUGUAAUGAUGUACUACCAAAACCACUCAAAUGUUCAUGUUUUGUUGUUCAUGAUGUGUUGUUUUUUGUUUUUUUUGUUUUUUUUAUAGACUUGCCAUGUUUUUGGGGUAUGUAAAAAUGAAACGCAAGAAACAUGAUUGUACCAUUUUUUGCUUUGUGUGUGUGUGUGAUUCUAAAAAAAAAAAGCUUUAACAAAUUAUUUCAAAUUAAAAAGCAGGCUAUACACUUUACAACAAAAUACAUUACCAUUGCUGUCUGCUGUAUUGUACAUACAGUAUUCCUUCUACGUCUUUUUAACACAAUCAAUUGGGCUUGGUAAUAAUCCGUCUUAUUUUCACUUCACAUAAGGGUCCUGCCAUGAAAAUGUUUUUGAUGCAUCACAACAUCUCUUGUUGGUACCUAGCUGUUUUGUAUGAUUCUUUCCAUUGCCGUUGUUGUCCCUCAUUUAAAAUGAACCGUUUCAGUGCCACAUUGUGUACAUAUCAAUAGUACAGAUUUUAAACCUAUAUUCCCUAUAAUUAGGCUAUUCAAUUUUUAUUUUUUUGCCAAAUCGACGAUUAAUAUCGACAUUUAUUUUAGAACGAAUUUGCCAGUUUUUUUUUUAAAUUUAUUUUUCAAUUCAAGCAGAGAAUGGGUUAAAUCGACCUUUAUGCUAUUGAGAAACGUGUCAUUUAACGAAACCCAUUUAUCAUAUUCAACAUGCAAUAAAAACAUGGUUACCAAAAUUCUAAUUGAAAUAACGUUUGGUUACAGCAGAGCUGUACCUUGUAAAGAUAAAGAUCCUACACAAAUUUAAAAAUGUUCUCAAAUAAACCGUAGAAAACGCAGUAUACACAGACUUUUAUAGCAUACAAUUACGAGUAAAAAUAUGCACAGAACAAAGCAUUAGAUAGUUGAACAGAACUAACUUGCACCACUUAUUUGGAGUCUGAGCUCCCCCAUCUUGCUUCAGCACAGCUGGACUAAGAGUCACUUGAAGGCAAGGCAGACGGGCAGUACUGAGUAAGCGAGAACUGCAAAGUGAAUAGACUUCCCAGUACAAAUAAGAAUAUUAUAAAAGACGGAACAGUUGGUUCCAGCAUACUAGACAGUGAAGUAAGGAUUACUGGAGCGUAACCACUUUUUCAACAAUAACAAUAUUUCGAGAUUCUUCUCAAUACAUCCUUCUGAAACCAAAUAAUUCACUUUAGUUAAUCAAAUGUUCAGCUAGUCUGCAAUGCAGUUGCUGUGUGCUCAACACAAUUUCUGUUUUGUACAUGUUUUGUGCAGUAGGAGAGUGCUGCUGAUUUUGUGAUACUACUCUGCUGCCUUUGGUGUUUUAUCUGUUUCUGAAUUUAUAAUGUAUAAUUACAUUUAUAGCAUGGAUGUUUUUUUACAAACACUAUGCUUUAUCAUUAAAUAAAGUAGAUGAUAUAUUUUUUUUUUUCUGAAGUGAGACCUAAACACCACUUUUUAUGCUUAUAUCAAUUUCUAAUAAUUCACAAGUAAACAUCUUGUGAUCUUUAACAUUAGCAAAUUAGUUUUGUAAAGUACAAUUAAGACUACUUGCAAUUCAUUGUUUUCUGUGUCUUAAAAUCACUGCAUUUUUUUUUAAGCAUGAGCCAUCAAAACACCUGCAGCAAAAUGUACUUUAAUUAAAUGUAUUACUCAAUUUUAAAUAAACAAACAGGCUGCUCGUCA